AAUUUCUUCUCGAGUCCCAGCAAAAACAAAAAUGGCGUUGAAGGUCCUUUCCAGGCUAGACACAGCUAGGACACAGUACUACCACUUCAAGGCCAUAAUCAUAGCCGGCAUGGGCCUCUUCUCGGACGCCUACGACCUCUUCUGUAUUCCUCCAAUCAUGAAAAUCCUAGGACGAGUUUAUUACGAAAACGACUCCGAAAUCCCCAGCUCCAUAGUCUCCACACUUGUCGGCAUAUCCCUCCUCGGCACCGUAAUUGGUCAACUUGUGUUCGGUCGAUUGGGGGACAAGAUUGGGAGGCGAGGGGUGUAUGGACUCUCAUUGAUGAUCAUGGUCCUCAGCUCCAUCGCAUGCGGAUUCUCAAUCUGCACCACCAAACGCUGCGUUUUGGGGAGUUUGGGCUUUUUUAGGUUCUUCCUUGGAGUUGGGAUUGGAGGGGAUUAUCCUCUGUCGGCAACGAUUAUGUCGGAGUUCGCUAACAAGAGGACACGUGGAGCGUUCAUAGCGGGAGUGUUUUCGAUGCAAGGAUUUGGGAUUUUGGCCAGCUCGGCCGUCACCAUGGUGGUUUGUGCGGUGUUUGAGAAUACCGAGAAGGUCGAGAAAGAUCGGACGCCGGCCUCGGCCGAUAUUGCGUGGAGGUUGAUAUUGAUGAUUGGUGCAAUUCCGGCUGCGCUUACCUAUUAUUGGCGGAUGAUGAUGCCUGAAACUGCCAGAUACACAGCUUUGGUAGAGCAAAAUGUCCUUCAAGCAGCAAAAGACAUGGAGAAAGUUCUGGAAGUUCCCAUGUCAGAAAUAGCAGAAGAUUCCUGUCCAUUCCCUCCACCACCACCAUCAUAUACUCUCUUCUCAAAGGAAUUCCUCCGCCGCCAUGGCCGCGACCUCUUCGCCUGCGCUGCCUCGUGGUUCCUUCUUGACAUAGUCUUCUACAGCAACAAUCUUUUUCAAUCUCAAGUCUACAAUCACGUCAUACCCAAGAAAGUUGAUGUAAACGUCUACAGAGAAACCUUUGAUGUAGCUUUGCUUCAAGCCAUUGUUGCAGCUGCUUCCACCAUCCCUGGCUACUACUUCACCGUCUAUUUCAUCGAUAGAAUCGGACGAGUUAAGAUUCAGAUUAUGGGUUUUCUUUGCAUGGCUUUGGUUUACUUUGCUAUUGGAAUACCUUAUCCUUUCUAUUGGAAUGACCAUACAAAUAUUGGGUUUAUGUUUUUGUAUUUUCUCACUUUUUUCUUUGCAAACUUUGGGCCUAAUACUACAACUUUUAUAGUCCCAGCUGAGCUGUUCCCGGCCAGAUUUAGAUCAACAUGUCAUGGGAUUUCAGGUGCAAUGGGAAAGGUGGGUGCAUUGAUAGGGUCUAUAGGGUUUCUUUGGAUAUCAAAGAAUGGUCAUCAAAAUGGAGAUCCAGGAAAGGUUGGAAUGACAAUUGCUUUGAUAACUCUUGGUGGGGUUUCAAUUUUGGGAAUGAUUGUGACGUAUUUGUUUACUAAAGAAACAAUGGGGAGAUCAUUGGAGGAGAAUGAGAAUGAAGAAGAAGAAGAUAAUGGGUUUUGUUUUGUAAGAUCUCUUCCCAAGUUGAGUAAUCUGUCUUGCUUUUCUGCUGGUGAUCAGGUUAGUAUUCCAGCAUAGUCAUGGAAUUAUUUUUUGGGUUAGUCUCUCCGUAUAUGUAAUUCUGCUGUACAUAUGUAAUUGGCUUAAAGCCUUUCAAUUCGAUUUUGUAUAUGAAAGCAAUGUUUUGUUAAUUACAAAUACAUA